AUGGAUGUCUGUGGCAGCACUGUGUGGACUGCAGCUGUCAUUGGAAGACUCCGGCCUCAGUCCCCUUCUGCGACUGUGUCCUUUCCAGAUGAAGGUUCCCUGGAGAAGGAAUCUGGCCCAGAAACUGAUCCUCUUUGGAGAGUGUGCCAGAGAGGACUUCUAGGGACUUAUGAUCUGGUGGGUGGAGGGGAGACAAGCAUUCAAGUAGCUGCUACAGAAGAGGCACAACUAAAGUGGAAAAUUAUACUGAGUUGUGAGAUUGUCCCUGCAUUUGCAUAUGGCCCUACUGGAGGCUCCAGGAAGAUAGGGGAAAGGGAGAACCCUGAUAGCCCAGCACCACAUGAGGCUUCCUUCAUCAUCUGUCUGUACACAUCUCUAUCCAGAAUUAAUUACAAGACCAUCACCCAAUCCCUGCCUUCCAGUAAGGUGAAGGACAAUAUCGACAGACUAGUCGGCCGGCCCCCCACCCCCACUCCCGGCCGGCCUCGGCGGCGAACUCUGCGCGCCUCUCUGCCGCUUCCUCGGCUCGGUGUCCGGCAGCGGGUCCCCGCGAUCCCUGCGGUUCCCGCCCCCGUCGAGUUGAGAAGGACGCGCGGAGCAGCGCCGGGCCCUUUCCCGGCAGCCCGUCCGACUGAUCUGCAUCUCCCUGCAGGUGCCCAUCCACUUGCUGAGAUGACUAGCCUCCCAACCACGCCAUCUCCAGGAGAAGAACUGAUGGCCACCCCAGUUCUACAGGCCACUGAGACCCUGUCCCCAGAAGCUGAAGCCAGCACAGCACUCAUUGCAGUUGUUAUCACCGUGGUCUUCCUCACCCUGCUCUCAGUCGUGAUCUUGAUCUUCUUUUACCUGUACAAGAACAAAGGCAGCUACGUCACCUACGAACCUGCAGAAGGCGAGCCUGGCGCCGUCCUCCAGAUGGAGAGUGACUCAGCCAAGGGUAGGGAAAAGGAGGAAUAUUUCAUCUAAUGACUGCUGGGCCCCACGCUGCUUAUACCAGGCUCCAGUGCUAACACACUGUUUAUUAGGUGUAAGUUUUAUCUGAGACUGGUGAGAAGCAUGGAUUGAUAUGGGCAGACCUGAGCUCCUUCCAGGACACAGGCCCAGAUGCGAACAUCACUGAUGCCAGGGACCGGGGACAUGGAGAAAAGCUGCUUAUGAUGUCUUCAGCCGGGUGAAGCUGGUGUCUGUGGCUGACCAACGAGGUGACGCUGUACCAGGCAACAUUUGAGCAUGGGCCCAGUCAUCUUCACUUUUUUCACAGGUGGAAGGAGGAGAGUUGGGGUCGCUGGAUGCUCCUCUGUCCCCUACCUGGUUGACAGCCCAAGUGGAAAUAGUGUCCCAUAGGUGUUCUUCCCAGGGGCUGGAUGCCACAGUAACAGGCCAGGCCAGGAGGGGCAGGAGACUGUGGACACCUCACUCCUGCCAAACGUGCCACGUCUGAGCCCUUCCUUUCCAGAUUCCCCAACAACCCAGACCUAUACUUUUUUGUUCAGAAUUAAAAUUUUUCAUUGAUACAGGAA